AACAGCGACCCUGAUUCCGACGUGACGCGUUUAUUCUGCGACGUCUCGCUGAACGAAGUAAUGCCGUUCAUAAUAAGUUAGCCAGCGAGCUAACCCGGUUUUUGUGGGGGUUUCUUCAUCUGAAAUAGAUCUCACCCACAGGAUGACUGACGCAGAGAGGGAAGCUGGUGAUGCUGGUGCGGCAGAAUCCAGCAGUAAGAACAAAGAGACUGAGAAAAAGAAAAGGUCCCGCGUUAAACAGCUGCUGGGUGAUGUGAGGAGGCAAGUGGACUUCUGGUUCGGAGAUGUCAACCUUCAUAAGGACCGUUUUCUUAAAAAACUCAUCGAUGAGUCAGAUGAUGGAAAUGUUGAUAUAUCUGUGUUGGCAAGCUUCAAUAAAAUGAAGAAGCUGACAAGUGACACCAAGCUGAUUGCCAGAGCGCUGAAAAAUUCAUCUGUAGUUGAGGUUAACCUGGAGGGAAAUAAAGUAAGGCGUCAGUUUCCGAUUGGAGAUGUACCAAAUGAUGUUGAUGAUCGCACAGUCUAUGUGGAACUCUUGCCCAAGGAUGUGACGCACAGCUGGAUAGAGAGAGUCUUCACAAAAUGCGGAAAUGUGGUUUAUGUUAGCCUGCCCAGAUACAAGUCCACUGGCGACACCAAGGGUUUUGCCUUUAUAGAGUUUGAGACAAAGGCAGAUGCACAGAACGCCAUAGAGAUGCUGAACAACCCCCCCGAAGAUUCUGCCAGGAAGCCAGGGAUUUUCCCCAAGACGAAAAGGGGGAAGACCAUCCCUCUGCCAGCCGACUAUCCACUAUCAAGUGAAGAAGAGGAGAAGAAAAAGAGAAAGAAAAAGAAAAAGAAAGAAGGUGCCACAUUAGAGACUUCUGCUGAAGAAUCCAAAGAGCAAGAGAUGGAAGCAAAACCUUCAGAGCUAAAGAGGAAGCGCUCAGCAGCGGGGGAUUUUGAAUCCCAUGUCACCGCCACUCAUAAGACACCAGACAAACUGUCAGAGAAAAAAAGACGACGGUCCCAGACUGCAGAGGGAUCCGAAAGUGAAGUGCCAUCUAAGAUGAGGAGGACGAGUGAAAGUGAAGCUGAAGAGAAGGAGAAAGAUUUAACUAAGCCUGAUACACCCACUAAAAGUGACACGGAGAGAGGUGUCGAAGAAGGGAAAGAAAACAGAGAUGAUUCAACAGUUAAGGCAAAGAGGAAGAGAAAUAAGAAACACAAGGAAAAACUGAAAAUAGGGGAAGAAGUCAUCCCACUCCGGGUUCUAUCCAAGAAAGAGUGGCUUGAGUUGAAGGAUGAGUAUCUGACCUUGCAGAAGCGCAGCAUGAAGUCCCUGAAGAAGUGCAUCAAUAAGAUUUAUCACAAGGAGCGCGUCAAUAAGAUUGAUCACAAGGAGCGCAAGAGUCUAAUGGAGACGGACCAUGAUCCUCAAGAUGGUAACAUUGAGAAGAAAAAAAGUGAGAAAGAGAUUAACCAAGGCCCUCAGUUUACCAGCGGUGUCAUCCUGAAGAUUACAGACAACAAGCCGCUACCAGGGAGGAAAGUCAUCAAGGAUGCUCUGUGCAAAAUAUCCCCAGUGGCUUACGUUGACACCCUGGAAGGAGAUUCUGAGGGUCACAUCCGCUUUCACACCCCGGAAGAUGCUAAAGCCGUCAGUGACGCUAGAGCAGAGCUACAGAAAGAGCACAGCUGGAAGGUGGAGAUUCUCGCAGGUGACCAUGAACAAAGGUACUGGCAGAAGAUCCUGGUGGACCGCCAAGUCAAGCUCAACCGUCCACGGGAAAAGAAGCGGGGUACAGAGAAGCUCAUAUCUAAAGCCGAAAAAAUCAUCCUUGCCCGGGCCAAGGAGGCCACUAAGCACAUCCGUUUCCAAGAAGACUGAUCACUUCUGAUAUUCGUUUUUUUGACAAUCGUUCAUGUUUAAUAUGUGGUUUAUAAGUAAUGUGAUUUGAAGGGGACAGUUAAUGUUAAUGCAUAACUAACUGGAAGAGAACUGAAUGUUUAACUAGUUAAAAUAAAAUGUCCCCUUAAUAUUUGUUUGCACUGGAGCUGCUUCGCAUAUAGACAGUUUGGCAACAAUUUCUUUUUUUAAUUGAUACCUUUUUUUUUUUUUUUUUUUUUUUUUUUUUAAACAAAGUUAUUGUAUAUGAUGUAAAUAUGACUGAUUUGAAAGUUCUCCCAGUGAAGACGUGUCAAGUCAUGGCAUUUCCUUUUGAGGAAAUUGGCCUUUUUCUUUUUUAAUAAAAAUGUCAUUCUUUGAUUAUCACAG